AUGAGAUAUAUUCGUCUAUUUACCAAUCCCCUGCGAAAGCCAUAUGUGACAUCUGUCCCAAAACUAUGGCGCCCAGUAAUUGGUCUUGAGGUCCAUGCCCAACUGCAAACAAGAUCAAAACUAUUUUCGUCGGCUCCUUUUAAGGAAGAGUUUGGUGUAAAUGGUUCAGUAGCCCAAUUCGACAUGGCUGCUCCAGGAACAUUACCAGUACUGAACCGAGCAGCAGUUAUGUUAGGAAUCAGAGCUGGUCUUUUGCUGAAUUGUCAAAUACCAAAGAAAAGCCGAUUUGAGCGUAAACACUACUUUUAUGCUGAUAUGCCGGCUGGAUACCAAAUAACCCAGCAGAAACAUCCUGUAGCCCAUUCAGGCUAUUUCGACUUUUAUGUCCAUUCUGACCAAAAAGGGUUUGAAUCUUAUAACAAACGUUUGAAAAUUUCUCGUAUACAGCUGGAAAUUGACAGCGGUAAAACAAUACAUGACCUGGAAAACAAUCGCUCGCUUAUAGACUUGAAUAGAGCUGGCGAGUUAUCUUACUUGGCGCACUGCGUCGGCUUGAUUGAAAUUGUAACAGAACCUAGUCUUGUUUCUGCGCUUGAAAGUCAGUGUUUCGCUGAACAACUUCUAAUGAUGCUUACUCAUAACGCCAUUUGUGGAGGUCAAAUGCACAAGGGCCAGUUUCGAGUCGAUGCCAAUGUUUCGCUAACGACUGAAGGUUCGUCUGAUCUUGGAGUGCGUACAGAAAUCAAAAAUAUGAAUUCAUUGCGAAUGGUGUAUUUGGCUGUCAAUUACGAAAUUGCUCGUCAAUAUCAGAUCUUAAGCAAUGGUGGAACAAUUGUUAACGAAACAAGAACUGUUGAUGUUGACGGGCGUACUGUACCGAUGAGGGAUAAGGAAGUUGAAAUUGAUUAUCGUUUUUUACCAGAACCGAAUCUUCCUUCAGUUGUUGUUGAACCACAGUGGCUGCUUAAUGAACAAAAAAUGAUUGAUCGAAAACCCGAUUAUGUAUUAUUUAUUGAAGACUACAAGAUUCCUGCAAAAGAUGCCUUUGACAUUGCGGUAAGCAAGUUCUUAAUUUUACUUCAUUCCUUCUUUGAUAGGGCAGGGGUAGUUUCCUAUGUCUAA